AUGCGGCUCUUUACACACAACAUUCUGACGUCGCGUGUGUUAAAGUCUGUCAAAGUCGGCUAUCCCCUCGGUAUAAAGGUAGUCCUUGUCGCCUCCAGGCGAGUAUUUGUCUCGUCCAAUUCAGGCAACCAAGGUGGAAAUUACGCCCGCCGAAUUUGAGGCUACACAAACUGCCAAAUUUAUUCCUAAGAUUGAGUGGAGCGUUUUGAAGAGUGCUGCGGAACAGGUGAGGCUACUCAAGCCUCUUUUAUCUGUUAGAAUUUGAUGUUUUUCACUUUUUUAAAAGUCUAUUGUUUUUUGUUCAUGCUGUUUAGUUUACGACGAUAACUUAGAAUUUUGCAGGCUGGGCAGGUAUUUGACUUCUACUACGAUUCUAAUCCUUAAAUAGCCGUGUCAUGCCAUUGCUCGCUAGUACUUCGUUUCGCAUAGACACGUCUGUGUGGCUCAUUAAUUAGGCUCUAAGUACUGUCCUGUUGUGCAGCUUCGUCAUAGGUAUAUUCUGGAAUACAAGGGAGCUAUUAAAAGGCAAACCCACCUUCCUUUACAACUUUUGCUGUACAGCUACUCAAACGGCCCGGUGGUAGUCCUCAAGCCACUCCACAAGUUGAUUGUCUCACUGAAGUCCACCUUAAUAACGUGCGAAAGUUGGACAGAUUUUCGUCAUUAUGCGCUCAGAAAUUCUUGUGCACAUUACAAUCCGUACCUAUUAUACGUCGUCCUAACUAGAUUGGGGCCAACCAUGUGGGUGAACUUCCAAACGAAAUCCCAAGCGAAUACGAGACCAACGAGGAGUUUCUCCGCCAGGCUCACAAGGCCCUCCUGGAGCUGGACAUAAUCGAAGGUGCCCUGGUCUGCCCAGAGACCGGUCGCGAAUUCCCCAUUUCCGACGGAAUCCCCAAUAUGCUUGUGAAUGAGGGCGAAUGA